AUGCAGUCAUUCCUUGCCAUCGCCGCCCUCUUCGGCGCUGCCAAUGCCUGGGGUAACUACUCCUCGCCCGUCACCGGCACCGGUACAUCUGUCCCAAGUGGCACUGCGCCAAUUCCAGUCACGACCGAGACUUUGACAGCAAUCACCACAUACUGCCCCAGCCCAACCAAGAUCACCACCAACGGCAAGACCUACACUGUUACCACCGCUACCACGCUCACAAUUACCGACUGCCCAUGCACCAAGGUCCACCCGCUCAACCCCAGUGUCAAGCCAUACACAACCACCGAGACCGACGUUGUCACAUCAUUCGAGACUUACUGCCCGGAGGCGACUACUUUCACCACAAACAACGUCACCUAUACUGCCACUGCAUCUGAGACCAUCACUGUUUCCGCUUGCCCAUGCACAGUUUCCAGCACUGCAACCUACACUCCCGGUGUGCCAGUCACCAAGACUAGCUAUGCGACUGUUACCACGGUGGUGGAAUCAUACACAACCGUGUGCCCAUACAGCACCGUCUUGGUCAUCCCAGGACCCAGCUCCACAGUCACCAUCUCAGCUAGCCCCAGCCAGACCGUCACUGUCAGUGGACUCGGACCUCUCACCACCACCACCGUGGUCCCAACUGUCAUCACUUCGACCCCAGGCCUCGCUCCCACAUCCACCAGCCCAGUCACCCCACCAUCAACUGGCACCGCUGCCCCAGCCACCCCACCCGUCCCAACGACUGCAAGCCCCAGCCCAUUCGCUGGCGCUGCCACCAAAGUCUCAUGCGGUGGUCUCCUCGGAGGCAUCAUCGGACUGGUCGCUUACCUCUUGUAA